GUGUCAGUUGAUCCGCUUGUUUUAGGAACAUACUAGUGAGUCGAUUUAAUUAACUUCCUUGUUAAGGACGACACUGCUGAAGAGAGUGUAAACUAAAGCCAUGUGCUGCAUAGAGGAGUAACAUGUAUACAUUAGUACAGAACAGGGAAUACUAGGGGUUUACAUUGGUCAUUGUACACGCCCAUAUUUCCAACAGACAUUCAACGUGCAGAUGAAUCGUGGUCAAAGAAAUCAGCAUUCAAACUUCAACCAUCGUGGGAGUCGUGGAGGCGACAGGGAUGGAGGAAUUGAUUUCAAUAGACAAGGGCUCCUGGGAGAACCACCAGGGAUAGGUGGAAUGAACAGUCCCCAGAUGGCAGGAGGACUUGGACUCUUGGGGAGUGCUCCAGGGCAGGGAAUGCCAAGUGGGAAUAUCUCUGGACCAUUAGCAGGAAUGAACCAGAAUAUGUUUGGUGGAAUGGGAGGAGGGAUGGGACCACAAUUGGGGAUGGGCCAAGGAGGGAAUUGGGCAACAACACCAAGGAAGAGGAAGCAUGGAUCAAUCUCACAACCAAAGUGACAUGAACAGAGCUGGUCAAGGCGGUAUGAAUCAUGGUGGAUCAAACCAGGGUAUGAUGGGUAUGCAGCAACAAAUGGCAGCUGCAGCAAUGAGGGACUCACAGCUCCAGUUGGUCAGUAACCUCAUACAGCAGCAAGGAGGCAUGUCUUCAUCAUUGAUGGGUGGGCCUAACCAGGGUGGAAUGAUGUCUGGGGGCAAUGGCAUGGGAGGUGGAGCUGGCCUGCUAGGCAUGGGUGGUAUGGGCAUGAACGAGAUGGGUCGGAACUCUGAACGACGAAACAGUGGUGGAAACAGCAUCCCAUCACUGUUUGACAUCAACACUAAAAAGACUGGACUCCUUGGAAAAAGAGGAAACAAUAACAACAGAGAACGUGAGAGUCGCUUUUCGAACAACCAGAACAACAACAAACGAAUGAGACAGAAUAGUCAGGGGCAAUCCCCUAGAGGCUUUCACCAAAACCGUCAAGGUCAGCAAUAUCGUCAGAGUCGCUGGAGCGAUCGCAGCCCUACCCGAGCUGGCGGUGUCCGCCCCAGAGAGCGAGAUUUCCGACGUCCAUCAAGCAGGGACUCAAAAUACUCUGACCGUUCCCCGAACUCCCGCACUUCGCGGGACAGGCGGGAAUCAGGAUCAUCAAGGAAGGAUGAGUCAGAGGAGUAUGAUCCAGCACAACCAACAGAAGAAGAUGAUGAGCUGGAUGUUCCGCCACUGGAGAGUGACCCAGAGGAUGUCCUGAUACCCGAGGUUACUGUUCAGUUGAAUCAUGACGACAAGCAGUCAAAGGAUGAGGAUGUGGAUGAAUCCAUGGAGGAAGACAGCAAGUCUCCGGGCAUGGCUGAGGGUGGGGACUCCAGCCUCACUAUCACACUCAGCGGGUCUGGACGCUCUGUCAAUGAUGCUAAUACUGAGAAAACGGAAGAUACUACCCCAACAAAAAAAUCCAGUUACUACUGUCAUGCCUGUGGAGUGGAAUGUCGUACAGAGGAGGGUUUCGCCAAGCACAUGAAUGGAAAGAAGCACAAGGUUAGGAUGGAGAGUCUGCUCACUCUGCAUCAGGAGAAAUCAAAGCAGUUUGAGGCAAGGAUCAAAGCAGAGGAGCAUCUGAGAAAGAUUGAAGGGAAGCCAAGACAUGAGAGGCGCAGCAGUGGAGGAGAAGGUGGCCGGUAUCAUAAUUUACCUGGGCGGUACUCCAGAGAUAACUUUGGUAAUACUCCACCUUCUGGUCGCUUCCGACAACCAGGACCCACCCAUAUGACCCCUUCAGGUCAACGCCGUGGCAACCAAGGAAGCUCGGGUGGGGCUUGGUUAAGAAAGAAUCUCCGAGAUCGUGCUAGGAAGUCCAGCAGAGAAGAGGAGGAGGAUAAUGGUUUUCCAGAUUUUGGUGACAUGGUCACUGUCGAUACCAUUGGAUUUGAAGAUGAUUAUCUAUCUCAGGAUAAGUCUGAUGAAGAACAGGAGGGGCUAGACCGAGAUCAGACUGAGUACCCCGAAAAAGCUGACAAAAUUGACAUUGAUCACAGUAAACAAGUGUAUGACCCAGACGUUGCUGUUGGUCAGAAGUUUAUAGUACCAGUUUCUGGAUUCUUCUGUAAACUAUGUCAUCGCUUCUACAACAGUGAAUCAGCUGCCAGAGUCAGCCAUUGCCAGUCGGAGUCACACUUUAAAAAUUUCCAGAAAGCUAUGUUAACCAAAGCACUCAAUAAAAAGAAUAAGAAAGCUAAUACAACAGACCCAGCAAAGCAAAAACCAAAUGAAUCGGUAGAAAAUCUGGAGAAGUCUGAUAACCAAGAAAACCAAUCAAAAAGUGGACAGGAAGUGAUGGACAUACCUGAUUGUCCUAAAGGGCAAAUAGAGAAAUCAAAGAUUACGCAAAGCAAUGGUGAUAUCAGUUCUGUUAGCCAGUCAGAUGAUUCUGUAAUGAAACCAAAGGCAGAAAUCGAUAAUGUAGCAGAAAUUGACCCAGAUACAGAGGUAAAAUUAUUGGAGCGUACAAGCGAGGCAGGGAGCCCUGAUGUUCCAGAUGAGGAUAGCUUACUAGAAGAGGAGGAGGAAAUGGAAGAGGCUAUGGAGGCAGAGUCAGAGGAGCCUAAAUCAGAACCUGUGAAUACUAAGCCCAGUCAGAGAGGAAGGGGUGGCACUAGGGGCCGAACAAGGCGGGGCAGACGAGGAAAAAAUUGAUGGUUGGGCCUGCUUGGAAUUUCGGCAUGUAAUUGAUAUCACAUUGGCGACAAAUUGAGGUUUCUGAUUGUCAGACAUUCAGUUACCAUAUAUAUAUAUAUUUAAAAAGGAAUAACUUGACUUCGGAAAAUGGUCAGUCAAAAGACCAAAAGAAGAUUUUGUCAUUGUCCGACUGAAUUGCACUAGUAGAAUGGAGGAAUAUAACAUUGUGGAUCUGUGAUUGAUAACAAACCCAUUGAUGAGGGACUAUUCUGUUAUAUAUUGUGACAGGGUGUUUUAUAUGGCAGCCAUAUCAAUAAUCUUGUGAUGAGGUAAGACCUCAGUCAUGUGGUAUUAUUAAGUAAGGAUUCUUUUGAGUGAUGAGCGUAAUAAUGUAUUAAUGUUGUACAUAAACCUACAUAAUACUGUAUUGUGCAGUACAUCUUUUAAAUUUCUUUUCUGGGAUUAAAUUCCUUCUGAUCUGGAAUUUCUUGAUUGCUGUGUGAACUUAUCAAUGCAUAGGAGUUGUUGAUAUAAGAAAAUUAUGAUUUUCUCUGUGUGUGGUCAAUGUUGAGCUGUAUUCCUAUAUUUUGGGAUCUGUUCUGUCUGUCGGAUGCUAAUCCUAUUGUAACAGUUUACCAUGUAAAAGAUUAGUAAAAAAUGGUAAAUUUUGUAUAAUUACAAAUUAGAAACUUUCACAGAAUUAUUAAAAGCUAUUUUGCUGAAGUACAAAUUUGUGAUGUAUGUUAUAUAAAGUAUUGUUUGGUUGAAAAGUUAAAUAAUACUUCUAACAUUUCAAAGAUGAAUAUUAACUUUGAUUAUGAUAAGAAUGAUUUUGUUUGUCUGAAAUUUUCAUGGAAGUUUUCAUUGAGUGAUGGAUGGAACCGAAACUUAUUCUGUCAGAACACAAAAGUGACAUGAAUAUUGGACCAAAGGUGCCAUAGAUUGGAGAAACUUGAUUUUGAAUAUACUGCCAAUGAUAUACAUAUCCAUAAAUUUGCUAUUGUUUGUUCUUGCCACUGAAAAAGUAUUGCCGCCAUUAUACAUGUUGUACAGUAUUGAUAUCUCAACUAUUAAGAAAUGCCCUCUGUUUGUGUAUAUUCUUUUAAGUAGGAUGUGUUUUACUUUAUAAAGAGAUAAAAUUAUGUUUUCCUAGCAAAUUACAAUGACCUUUUAGGUGUAUGUCUUAUUACAAUUGUUUCAUCUUUGCAUCAUUCAGGCCAUAUUUUUUUAAUUAUUAUUUUUUGUUCAGAAUCUUUAAAUAUUACUAUUACCGGUGAAGAAAGAAAGAAAGAAAGUAAUUCUCAAAUUUGCUAUAGUAUUUCAUGGAAUGUGUUUGGUCGUGUUUUUGUUGCAAACUGUACCUUAAAGAUAUCACUACCUAAAUGUGAAAAUUAUAUGUCAAUAUUUGGCUGUUUAAAAUGGUUUCAAAAUACAUUAUAUGCAUCAACAUAAUUUCCCAUGAACAUUUUAAACAAGAAAAAUACAUUUAGAUGAUAUAUAGGCUAUAGUUGUCAUGUGACAUUUCUUUGUUUUAAGCAUGUUGUGAUUAUGAUUUGAUUUUGAAUUAUUUUAAGUAUUAGUGAAAUUCCUAGAGGCAGUGGAAAUGUGACCAUGUAGGGAGUAUUUUCACUCUAAGCUUGUACAAUGUAAAUGUCUUUUAAGCUAGUGUAUUACAUUGUUGAAUGUAGAAUAGAAAUUAGAAAUUUUUAUGUUUAAAUGAUGGUAUUUAUUUGGUGGUGUUUUUUAUGUUGGAUUAGAAGUUGUGAUUGUAAGUAUUAUUUACUUGGAGAGUUAUAUAAUAGCUAGAGAGUUACUAAUUAGGUGUGUGUACAUUUCUUCAUGUAAUUUGUGAUAGCAUUACCUAGUACUUGUGUACAGGACCUCAAAUCAAACUUAACUUUCCUAUUGUGCAUUUAUGUAUGGAAACUAGUGCUUUUACAUGUUUACAUGUGUUUUAUAUGUUCAGAAAUGUUAUUGUCUUUGUUUUUUUCUUUUUCCUAGAUUUAACGUUUAAUGUUUAUCUUUACACCUUACUUAGUAUUCCCCAUCACAAAUGAUGUCUGUAUAUAUGUGAAGACAAUUUUACCAGUGUGAUGUAUCCGUUAUUUUCAGAAACAAUGAAACUUGCCCAGUCAAGUAAUUGAAUUGCUGAAUUAGCUUUCUUUGGCACAUUGUUUGGUGGUUUCAAACAGACAUUUGGACAUUAUUUUAGUUAAUUUCUAAAGGUAUAUAUGAAGAAACUUUGUCAAUCAACUUGCCAUGCUGGAAUGAAUAUGUGUUUUAACACAAAAAAACUGAUAUUUGUUGCACAAGGUGAAACAGCAAACUUAGCAAACUUAUUCCUUGUUUACAGAUAAAAUGAUAGAAAGUUAAUGCCAAGAUUGUAAUUUCUGGUAUAAAAAAUUCAUUUUAUUCUUCAUUUGGAGGGUGCUGCUAGGUGACUAAUCAAUUGUCUGUUUCAGAUUUGAAUUAUCCUCAAGUGGCAUAGAUUAUCGAAAAAUCAUAACAAAUUUACGUUUUCUUCUUGUGACAAGAUAUGUACUGAUACAUAACACUGGGUAUAUACAUGUAUAACAUUUAGAAGUCGUGAUCUAGUACAUAUUGCACAUGGUUCUCUCCCUUGUGUCACAUCAUCUUCAAUUUGACCUACUGUCGCACUGUAUAAAUCAAAUGACACACCAUUUCCUUGUUAUUUUACACUUUUUAUACACUCUUUAAACUGAAAUAACAUAUUAUUUGUAAUACAA